AUGUUUCAUGCCGUUGGAAACAAUGGUGGUAGUGGAAGGAAACAAGAACGAAAAAUGGCUCAAGCGAGUUCAAGAAAAGGGUGCAUGAGAGGGAAAGGUGGUCCAGAAAAUGCUUCUUGUACAUAUAAAGGUGUUAGACAAAGGACUUGGGGUAAAUGGGUGUCGGAAAUCCGCGAACCGAACCGUGGUAGCCGAGUGUGGCUCGGGACGUUUAAUUCGGCUCGUGAAGCGGCUAUAGCGUAUGAUUCAGCUGCUAGACGAUUAUAUGGACCCAAUGCUCAUGUUAACCUUCCUGAAGAAACCGAAAAUGCGCCACCACCACCACCCGCCGUCACCGAGGCGGCAAAGGAGGCGAGGUACCACCGUGCCAUAGAGCAAAUGAAAAAGCAACAAGAGUUUGAAAGGAGAAUACAAAUAUACAUGCAUCAACAACAACAGCAACAGAUGAUGAGGGUAAAAGUGGAAAGCCCCGUUGAGAUACCUGAUCUCAACGGACAGGCCGUGGGUGGUUAUUAUAAUAAUAAUAAUUAUUAUUGUAAUUAUAAUAACAUUAUUCAUGACAAAACUGGAGAUAAUUUUGUGGACCCUAAGUCCUCAACCGGGAAUCUAAAUGCUAAUUUGCCAGAGUUUGAUGAUUCCCGGUUGUGGACUGAUGCAGCGUCCACAAUGGAUUAUGAAUCGCAAGCGAUUGAUCCAGGAAUUGGUGCUUCAACAUUCAAUGACACAAUUGGUAUUGAAUUGAAUAAUCCAUUAAUGAUUGGAUCUUUAAACAUAGGGCGCACGUUCAAUAUCUUUGUGAGAGGGUACUUAUGUAAUUUCGUCAUAAACAUUCACUUCUAUCAAUCCUCACACACACACAUCGGGUUCUCUCUGAUCUUCCUUUCUCCCCCACUACCAACACCACUAGCCAUCAGGUUUCCAUCGUUCUAUGCCUUCCUCUGCCAUUGUUCUCUGCCUUCUUCUGCCAUCCUUCUGGAGCUCAAAAUUGGCAGCUUUGUUGCCGGAUUUGGUGACGCCGGCGGUGAGGAACCGUUGGUGACGGACCAGAGAGGCGUUGUUCGGAAACGGAGAGAUUCUAAUUCCGAAGAUGGAUAUUCUAAUCUUGUGUCUACUAGUAAUGCCACCGACUUGUUAGAUGCGCAGAAGAAGAAGAAGGCGGAGAAGGAAGCCUCAAAUGAAAAGUUAAAACGACCUCAUAUGAAGUCAGGACACACGCCACAAUCUCUUGUAAAAAGUGGAAAAUAACUGAUUUUCUUUUUCUGUGUGGUCUUGUUUAAAAAGAAUAAUGGAAAGAAUGAAGCAUUAUGAGCUUACAAAUGUGUAAAUCUUAUAACUUAUACACGCGUAAAGUUUACAACUGAUGAAUUCUGAAUAACUAUUUGAUUUUGAUAUCUAA